AUGCUUACUAAAUCAAAUCCCCUGUCCUCCUCUGUUUGGGGCAGCGGAUCGCUGCCGUGCCGACUGCUGUGGGACUGACGCAAAGGGACAACAGAGAACAGGAAAAAGAAAGGAAAGGCGGUAUCUUGAGGCCUGCAAAGUUAUUCUUAUUAUUAUUUUUUAGUUACUCAGAUUCCCUUCUUCUUCUCUUUCCCCAUCCUUUUCUGUCGCUCCGCCGUUCUCGCCGGUGGCUGAAUGGGAAUCUGUCGGAGAAACCGCCUCGUAUUCACGCCUUCUUUUCAUCUUUGUCUCUUCGGAUGCGAUCAUGGCUUCAGUUUUAUGCAUUAAAGAUUCUCCGGGCAAAGUUUGCGUGAUAUGAUGUUGAGGAGCGGGGAUUUGAAUCUCAACCGUUCCGUGCAGGCUUUUGGGGAUUCGACGAUGGAAAGAUUAAAGCAGGCAAUGCUUCAGCAUGAAGUCAUAUUCAGGAAUCAGGUUUGUGAGCUUCAUCGGCUCUACUGGACUCAGAAGAAUUUGAUGAAUGAGCUUCGAGUGAAGGUGUUCCAUACAGAUGGCCCAAGUAGCUAUUCAUGGCUAAAUAAGGAGUCGGAGGAGAAGAAAAACGCAUUCUCUAAGUCCUCUCGAGCCAAAGAGAGUUCGCUGGCUGGAAAUGCGGGUGUUUUCGAAGCGUUUAAGGACAACACCGCUGAUUUGUUAAAAAAUCAUGAGCGAGAGUUUAGCCUUCACCUUUUUGCUGAUAAUUUUAUCAGAAAUAAGGGCGAAAAUCCGGCCUUCCAUCAUCGGGUUGGCAACUUUGGUUGUAAGGGUGUUAUUGAUCUGGAGAGUUCAACAGAGUUGGAGUUUCACGUGGUGACAAAUAAUCAGGUUUUUUCUGGUGGUUGUAGAGCUCCAACGCAUAAUGGUGCAGGCUUGUUUGGGGCACAGGCAAGUGUUCCUUGUGCUCUGGUUACCUCAAGUAUGAUAGGAAAUGAUAAGAAUCGAAUGGUUUCUGUGAUUCAUUUGAGUGAGGGGCAUGGAGGACAAUUGCAAGAACAGAAGUCUGCUCUUCCCUAUGUUGGAAUCGGGGAAUCUUGCAUCGAUGCUUCUGUUAACAAACCACGAAAGAAGCAACAAGCCAGUCCCAUGCUUUUUGACCUUAAUGUACCACUUGAAGAUGACUGCUCUCAUGAUCUGAAAGCAAUACUAGAGCAGGAGAAAACCAACUGCAGCCCAGGAGAGACUUCAUUUGCACCUAAAACUCCAUUUUCUGAUGUUCCUGCAAAAAUUUCAUGUGAAAAUAGUACUAGUUACUUGAUUUGUCAUGGUAAAGAUUCAAAAUCUGAUUGUUCACUCAAUUCGAAGCUGGCCCAUAACACUACAGAUGAUAAGAUUGAUAUUGUGUCUGGUUGUCAGAUCCAAGCAGAGUUCAGUAAAGGAUCUACAGACUCUAGUGAUCAAGGUUUUCUUACCAUAAAUUCAAAGUCCAUUUCCUCUAUGGACCUAUAUAAAGAAGUAAAAGAUAAUGUAGAUUCUUCAGGUGAAAAACUAAGAUCUUCAUCACAUAGUGAUAUUAAAAGGCAGGAUUCAAACGUAACUUCCAGCAACAGUAAUAAGGAUUCGGUAACCAAACCAACCAAUCAUGAGGGGAGUGAAGAAGAUACUUCAUCAAGCCAUGCUAUAGUUCAGGUUGAGUUUGUUCCUUCCAGAAACUUUUUUACUGAAUGCAAUUCUCAUGGAAUAAGUAGAAAUAAUGAAUUUUCCAACGCUGAUGAUUCUGUAACCACUCAGCUAAACUCCUCACUAAAUGAAGAGUCUUUAGAAUGGGAUACCGCCAUUGUAGCGGCAGCCAAAGCUCUAAUGAGUAUUCCUCUAGUAUGUUCUGCGAUUCCUGCAGACCAGUCUGAUGGGAUCAAUACGAGCAAUCUUCCCCAGUACUCAUCUGAUUCUUUCGAGCGCAUGACACUGCAGCUAUGUGAGGUCCAAAAUGAAGAUUGCUCUAUCUUAGAGCCACCUAAUGUGAAUGAAACAGUGAAGAAUGAGAGAGCCGUUAGGCUGAGAAGAGGGAGGGGCUUCAGAGAUUUUCAGAAAGAGAUAUUGCCUGGAUUAGUAACUCUCUCCAGGCAUGAAAUUUGUGAAGACCUGCAUAAUAUUGGUUACAAGCUCAGGAGAGUGAGAUCAAGAAAAGCUGGAGAUAACUGGUUUGUGCCAGCUACAAGUAGAAGGUCUAAGCUUUGUUCAGGACAUAGAAGGCGCUUAAGUUCUUCAUGAUUUCAGGCUUGUGAAUAAAUCAGUGUACAGGCUCUAUUACAGUUGAGCCAUAGCCAUAGUCUUUAUGGUUUGUGCAGGAAGAUUGAAGGAAUAUUGUUGGCUGUAGUUUUGUCUUUUUUUUUUCUUUGGAAAUUGA